UGCACUCGCAACGUAUCAGUUAGUUUUACAUAUAUGGAGUCAAAGAAAGAUGAAAGUAAAAAAUCGACUUUGAGAAUUGAGAACAUUUAUCCCCACGCAUUUUGGUUGGAAAAGUUUAACAAAGAGAGUCACUUCCAGUCUACUUUAUUCGAAAAUUAUUUACCAAACACCACAAACGCCAAGGGUUUUACACCGAAAUUCUAUUCCAAAUACUGCGACAUUGACAUGACCAGCAAAGACUAUCAGAAAUUUAUCAAGCUGAUCGAAAGUGAACAUAAAAAUCGGAACAUGAACCGAACUGGUCUUCCGUUGUGUCAAAACCAAGAAUACGGAUGGAUAUGUAAACCAUUUAUCAACUUAGAUGCGAAAGAGAGGGAAAGACUGAUUAAGCCACGGUGCCGAGGCGAGCUGAGUGAAUUUGCUGAAAAGCUUGAAGAGCAGAAAAUUACGGCACGGCCUAAAUUUGGUGGAUUAACAUUUAAAGUUUAAAUACAAUUUUUUUUUUAUUCUCUCAACAAAAAUAAUUCCGUGAAUCUUGGUCGCAAAUUAAUCCAUUUCGAAAUCUCUCACAGCUUCCAUUAUAUUUCGAUUAUAAUUAAACGAU